AUGAUACCCAACCUUUUCCUAACACUCAAAAAACCAAACCUCACGCACAAACACAUAAAAGAUACAUCAUCAUCUCAUCCCAAGCUAGUUACACAAACUCAUUAUCUAUUACACUUCAUAACAGGGCGAAUAACUCUUCCGUUCUUUAAGAAAUUGUUGCUGUCGCCCAAGGUAAAGGAGAUUGUUGUGUAUGCCCGCAACGUAGAGAAUUUCGAAUUUGUAUUCCGAGAAUUCCGUGAUCUUGUGUUUGUGCCCAGAAAGUACAAUACUGUACCAUCCUACAAAGAUGAAUAUGUGUAUUCCGACAAGAUGCAGACAUUUGAGCCGCGGAUCUUUGAUUGUGCGAUCACGUCGUUGAUUAGACCCGAUCUGUACAUAAAUGAGGGAAAUAAAAGCACAAAAAUAAUCAGAGAGUUAUCGGGUGGAAAUGGUCGAGAUCUGGCAGUGAACAAGGAAUUGAUGUCUUUGGUCCAUUUCGGAGCAGUGUCCAAAACAAAGAAAGGUUACGAAACAACGUUUUGAUUGAUCAUUACCAAUUAAUUAGGUCGUGUAUUAUUUUUCUGGCUAAAGCGAUUGAAGUCUUGAUGAAUGUUUCUUCUAAAGUGAGUUGCAGAGAGUAAAUUUCAAUUAUUAAUUCCA